AUGGAUCGCACCGCCGACAUCCUGUCGCCACCUCUGAUAAAAAUCGACGACAAGCUCUAUCGCAAGAAUCCAAUCAAAUCCACCAGCUGCACAAUGGUUCCGGUUGGACGUCUUGAAACUGACUUUGAACCUGUCGAAGAACCCGUUAACAAUGAUUUUGACUCAGAUCAGACAUGUCACAUUAUGGAAGAAAUUAAGUCUGAUUUUGGAGGUUAUGUGGCGAAAUUCUCUGUCCCGCCAAUUUUCUACUCCCGCAUAGUUGGUGUCAAGCAAAUUAGGAGACAUGAGCUUGAGUCCCAGUUCCACUGUCGACUCGAUAUUCCUGGCCCUCAGUCAUCCCUUUCUUAUAUCAAAAUUUUUGCUAAGUCCGUGGCUAACAUUCAUAAUGUGGCUCGACGCAUUUCUUGGAUUGUCGCUGAAUCCAGACCAAAAAUGAAGCCCACCCAUCUCGUUUGUCUACCUGUCAUUAGCAAUGCAAUCAAAGAGUCUUAUUUGGCAUUCAAAAAAGAUAUUUUGGAACACGUUGAAAACGACAAGGAAGGAAGUUUCCGUGGUAUCGAUGGCGAUCUCUUUGUCUCCCAACACAAACUCCAUUUCACCCUAGCGACUCUCUUCCUUGCUGAUCAAAAGGAAGUCAGACUGGCCUCACAGUUGUUAACCUCUUUUCUGGAUCAAACAGAUGAGGGUAGGGCGUUUGAUCGCUCACCACUGUGUCUAACCAUUCGCGGAAUUGAUUGUAUGAAUGAUGAUCCCAGGUCGGCGCGAGUUCUCUAUAUGUCUCUGAAAGAAAAUGUCCAGAGCUGUCGUCUCCAGACCCUUGCCAACGGUCUAGCCGAUAUGUUUACUCGCCGUGGACUGCACAGCGGCUGCCGUCGUGUGGGUGACCCCGUGAAACUCCAUAUGACAGUGCUCAAUUCCCGCCUGCGUGCUCAGCGCCAGGCUUUGCGUCUCGCCGCUGAGACAAAUGGUCUUGCUCUGUCUAGUCAAUGCUCUUCGGAAUCCUUCUCAACGAUGGGCAUUCUCCUCGCCUUUGAGACGCACCACCUCAUCGAAAAUGGGCGAUUCGAAGAGGUGCAGUUGUGCAAAAUGAUUGCCGAUGAUGCAGAGGAUGAUGAUGGAAGCGGCUUCUAUCCGUGCGUUGCCAAACUCAUCUUAUCAUAUACGUGA